CACAGGAUGAGGCUAUAAAAAUAGGAUUGAAAUUGUGCAGAACCAUCCGACUAUCCUGCUUUGUUUUCGCUUCUUCCGCUUUUGCAGCUAACACUGGAUAGCAACAUCGCAAGCAGAGAGGUCUUGGUGCUGUCAAAAGCAACUUUUUCUUCGGACGAAGGCUGUCGGGUAUUGGGCAGCGCAGUGAAGAACAAUGAGUGCUCCAGAACACGCUGACGCUGUGGAAAUCUUGUUUCAGCACCAGUAUGCAUUUAUGAUCCCAAAGAUUAUGUUUACUGCUUCUGAUCUUGGUGUAUUUGAUCUGCUGAUGGAGUCCAAGGAACCGCUGACUUCAGUGACUAUUGCCGAACGUCUGGGUACCAGUCCCUUUGGGAUGGAGAGGCUGCUGGACGCCUGUGUUGGCUUAAAGUACCUGCAAGUGGAGAGGAAGGAGAACCAAACUCUUUAUGGAAACACAGACCUUGCCAAUCUCUACCUUGCCAAAUCAAGCUUGAAGUCUCAGUAUCAUUCCUUGAAGUUCACUUCUGAAUUUAUCUAUAUGGGUAUGCAGUACUUGGCUGAUUCUGUGAGAGAAGGAAAGAGUCAGACUGAUAGAGUAUAUGGCAUUUCAGGAAAAGAUUGCUUUGAUGCUCUUAACAGAUCGGAGAGUGGGCUGCAAAAAAUCUUCAUGGGUGCGAUGCAUGAAAAGUGGCAUCUGUUUGGCCGAGAAAUUAUGACUGCAUUUGAUCUUUCGCAUUUCCCACUUGUUUGUGAUGUGGGAGGAUGUACUGGGGCAUGUGCCAAGGAAUAUAUUUCAUUAUAUCCAAAUUCUACAGUGACAAUUUUAGACCUACCUGAAAUAGUGGAACAAGCAAAAAACCAUUAUGUGUCCUCACAAGAUCACCAGAUUACUUUCCAUAAAGGGGACUUUUUUAAAGACCCAAUUCCAGAAGCUGACCUCUAUAUUUUGACUAGGGUCCUGCACGACUGGUCUGAUGAGAAGUGUGUGCAGCUACUAACCAGACUGCACAAGGCCUGCAAACCUGGUGGUGGAGUGUUAACAGUGGAAAUGGUCCUCAAUGAAGAUAGAAAGGGGCCGGUAAGGUGCCAACUAUACUCUGUGAUUAUGCUGGUUCUUACCGAAGGCCAAGAACGAACCGCAUCAGAGUACAAUGCGCUGCUUAGCGCAGCUGGAUUCAAAGAGAUUCAACAAAAGAAAACAAGCUUCUAUGAUGCCAUUUUAGCAAGAAAAUAAUAUUGACCGUACUUCAUUCUUCUUCAAUUCAAUACGCUUCAGGUUGCAGACUCCGCUAACCCAGAAAUAGUACCUCAGGUUAAGAACUUUGCUUCAGGAUGAGAACAGAAAUCGGGCUCUAGCUGCGUGGCAGCAGCAGGAGGCUCCAUUAGCUAAAGUGGUGCUUCAGGUUAAGAACAGUUUCAGGUUAAGAACAGACCUCCAGAACGAAUUAAGUACUUAACCCGAGGUACCACUGUAUUUAUUUCACAAAUUGUAAUAUCCCUUGCAGUAAGAUACUCCCUUGAAUAGUUUUGUUCAAUUCAGGAUAGUUUGGAAGAAGGACUUUUUUUCAGCUGGAACUCCAGCACCUCUCAGAUGGGCCAGUUGCCAUUAUAAGAGAACAAGGGAGGUGUUCAGUGUGAGUUCCAGCACCUCUUUUUCUAGAAAAAUAGCACUGCUUAGAACCAUUCCAGUAUUGCCUCUCCCAGUCAGUUUAUGCCUUUUUAGAUAGAGACCAGUCUUUGCUUAUGUUAAUCUGAAUAAAAAAUUGCUAUGUAUAUUGAGUGAUAUGUAAUCUCUGUGGAGGAUCAAAUAGCUGUGGAAGGCCUGAAGUUUACUGAACUUGUUUUCACAUGAAAGGAUUUUGACUAUAAACAGGCAGCUCCCAGUUCUGGGAUUUGAGCUGUGUAAUACCUCUGGAUGGGUUAUGCACCCUUCUUUGAAGGACCAGGUAUGAAGAUCCAUCAUUCUCACUAGAGGCUCAGGUGACCUCUGGGGUGCUCUUUACCAACUUUGGUUGGUGUACCAGCUAUAGCAGUCCUAGGAGGGAGAUAUCAUUUCCUCCAACAUUCCUCAGAUGAAAAUGGGAACGGUCCAUUCUCCAUCAUUAUCGUUGCUUGAGCAUUUCCUCCUAGUCGAGUACAAAAGUUAUUAGAGGAAACACACAAAACUGUAGUAUUUAAACACAGAAAUCUUUGAAUUUUUAUAUUGCAUUUAGGGAAGCCUAAGGGGAAAAAGAAAACCCCAAAUCAAUAAAUACCACUAACUGUGUGUACACAUACACAACAUUAACAAUAAAUAGAACAUAAUAAAAAUAAACAUUAUUAUAAAUAAAAACA